UUUGUACAAGACUAUCAUAAAACAAUUCCGUUACUAUAAUUAUCACAUAAUAAUUUGCCAACCACGCCGUAACAGCCACUGUCUGUAAGGACGAAAGGAUUUAUGAUAAAGUUUUCACGCAUAAAAUGAAAUUGAACGUAAAUCUACGGUUAACCAUCUCAUUAGACGCUACGUACUGCCAGAAUCAGUCAGCGAUACCUGUGAUUGGAGCCUAGUAUUUUGGCAGACCACGUGAUAUCACGGUAGGCACGUACCUUGUACUGAGAAUAUUUUGGCAAUAUUUUCAUUUAAUGCAUAACUAUGGAAUAAAAAGCACUGACAUAUACCAAACAAUUGAGGUUAUUGUGCUGAUUGUUUUUCCAAACUGUUGAAAGAAAUUAAUGACAUCAAUAGCUAUAUUCAAAACAGUGCCGUAAAUAAAGCAGUCAUGGAAACUGAAGAAAAUUGUGGAGAUUACGAAAUAAUUGAAAUGAUUGAUUACGGUAGUUUUGGAGACAUUUUGAAAGUGAAAAGUGAAAAGAAUAAUGAGAUUUUUGCUAUGAAACAAAUAAGAUUUCGUGGAAAUUUUCAGGAUGAUCCUUAUAUUAUAAGUGAAAUUUAUUGUCUAACAAGACUGAAGCAUAGAAACAUUAUACGUAUGAGCGAAAUCAUCAUUGACGUUGGUGCUGAUGAGAUAAAUAUCAUCAUGGAAUAUGCAGAGAAAGAAAACAUUGAGAGAUACAUGUGCACAAAUGAGAACCUUGAAUUCCAUCAAAAGUAUAAAAUAUAUUCUCAGAUUCUAGAAGGUGUACAAUUCUGUCAUUCAAUGGAUAUUGCACAUAGAGAUUUGACCCCAGUUAAUAUUUUGUUAACAAAAGAUCUUGUGGUCAAAAUUACAGAUUUUGGACUUGCAGUCAAAUGUUUUGAUGAUGAGGACAAACCGUUGCUUUGUUCAGACUACCUCGGACGAGCGUCUUAUCUCCCGCCAGAGGUCCUUUCUCAAAAACCAUUCCUUCCGAAACCGGCUGACAUCUGGAGUGUAGGUGUUACCUUACUCUUUAUUUUAUUCCAAACUAUUCCAUUUAGUGGAUUCCAUCAAGAUGUGCUAGAGGAACAGAUGAACAAUGCCUGGGAACUGUUUGUCCACACACAAUCUGAAAAGUUAAAUAAUGCAACACUUAAACCUGCAAUCAUUGAUACUCUAAGAUCUCAGCUACAGUUGGACUCAAAACUAAGAAAAGAUAUUUGUGAGCUUAUUCGGCUUUGGCAUGAUGUUGGUCCAAAGAGUAUGUUUGAAAAUGACGUUAAAUAGUACGAACAUGGCUUGUUACCUCGAACGCAUUCCCCAAGUUUAAAGGCGGGUGUCAACUGCAGGAAGCCAAAUUGGAGACGAAAAUAUUAAAGAAAGUAUUAUAAACAGGAACAUAACGAACAUUGUUAUAGAAUAUUCCUCAAAUUAUUUCCUGUGUUAAGAGGCAAACAUCUUUAUGAUACUGUAGGGUUGAGUUUUAAAUGCACUUGAAAAGGAGUGUGGCUUUUACCAUUUGGUAGUUAAUAAAUGCGCAAUAUGAUAGAAUACAUGGACAAACAGCGUACACUGUCUACAUACUCCUUACUAGCAUUAAAAUAUCCUUGAAGAUAAAAAUGGAUAUUGUUUGCGUGCAUACCUUUUAUCUUGUGUCAACUAUGUUUAUAUAAUGGAUAUGCAAAACUGCUAUUUCACGUGUGAUAAAUGACGUAUUUUUGUUUAGUCAGUCAGACUGGUGACUAGCGCUGUCAAAAAUACAGCUGUUAAUUCAAUCAUUUGUGUGAUAAGGUAAUAGGGCAUAUCUUACCGGUUUUUAUGAUCUUCAAAAUAUUUACACAUCAAUUAUAUAUAUCAAAUUAUUUUUGUAUUAGGUAUUCAUUCCAUUUUAAUGUUUAAGGUUCUACUAGUAUCAGUUGUUUUAGGGAGCAAAACUACAUUGAAAGUUUGAAAUAGAAAUGAUAAUGUUUUACUACAUUUGUUAUCUGAGCCUGUUUUUUAUCUAGGCAGCAUUAAAAUAGAAUAUGAUUAUCUCGGCAAAAUGAACGUGACUAGGCAUGAUAAUGUGGUGUAUUAUACACUUGUGUAGAUUCAUUUUUUGCCAUUCUGUUACACAUUGUUUUUCAUUUUAUUUAGAUAAAACAGAUUGCCAAGAAAUGAGUUCCUUCGUUUUUUUACUGAACCUGGAACCAGUUUGAUGCUAUGUGUAAAACACUGCUUAAGAAGAGUUUGUUUCAAUAUAAUAAUUAUAUAUUUUUUAUUAUUUUUUUCCAGACUAUAGUUGUCUCAAUGGUUGAUACAUUUGGUACAUUGUUGAAAUAAACUCAUCACUUCUAUAAUGCAUAUCCUUUACACCGGGUUUGUCCGAGACCGGGCACCUGGUCAAUAAUCAAAUACUGUUUUUAAUGUUAUCAAACAAGACUCGAGACCAGGCUCAAAAUGCAGCGUUAACUACUAUUGCAGCUCAGAAAAACGUCAAAGAAGUCAAGUACCGAGUUUUAGUUUCCAAAUACAGUUUAAAAAAAUUGGAUAGUUUCUGCAGGAUAUGGGAAUGGAUACUUUUAUGUUUUGUUUUACAAUUCAACUUAAAAAAAAAACGAAAACAAAUAAAACAGGUUUGGAAGAACAGUCUAGUAAUCCUUUGUGACAGGAUUUUGGGAUGAAAUGAUAAUCAUCAAGAAAGCCAGAAAUAGAGAAUUUGAAAGAAGACAUUUCAGUAAUGUCCGACAAUAUAAAAUCAAAUUUUACGGUAGGCGUGUGAAUUAUCUAUGGAUUGAAAUGUUCCGGAUGUUAAAAAGGCUAUAUUCGAGAAACAUUGAGUAACGCUUCAUAACCAAUAUAUAAGGAAACUAAAAAACGCUAUUCUACUGGUCAGCCGACAUACUGCAGAAUGCCGAAAUUUCUAAAUCCAAAAAUUCAAAUAAUGACAAUUUAUAAACUGGUAAACGUCCCUUACCACAAUCAAUGACGUGGUAAAUUCAGAAUUUCAAAUAAUGCCAAUUUAUAAACUGUGAGAAACAGACAUAUUCAAAAGAAGAAAGGAAAUUCUAUUCAGUAAUAUUUUGUCAAGAAAUGAAUGCGAAAUAAGACCUUAAUAAAUCCAUAGUGACGUCCCAGGAAGAAAAUCUCCACAGAAUGAUGUCCCUUACCACAAUAAAUGACGUUGUAAAUUAGUUACAUAACUGUCGUCUACAGUACACUGUCAUGCAUGUAGAUUAAAUGAGAUUUAAGAAAUCAAGAUUUACUCAUUGCCUUCAGCUUCGCGGAAAAAGAGCUUUUGUAAAUAUAUAUCUCUCUUUCCAUCACAAACAUGUAGACAUAAUGGUAACGAUAUCGAGGGGAUUUGUCUCGAAGUUUUGUCUUUUUUCUUUUUUUAAUGGCAUAUGUAUCUGCUUCUGUCUGUAUCAAAAGUUUUCUGUAUGUGCAUCUGACAGUAAUUGUCAGGAUCGGCUAUGUCAAAUUUUGCCGCAACGUUUAUUUACGACGUAUCCCGUAUUAUAUUGUUAUGACGUUACGUUAAUUUAUUAUUUCAAAAUGCAGCUGCCUGACAGAAAACGCUUGUAGUGAAAAAUCAAAAUUAAAAAAAAACUGAGAAGUCUGCUGUAUUAUUUCCUCACCACUGAACUUUAACAGACUUUAUAUACAUAUAUAAGGAUUUUACUGACUUUAUGUUUAUACACAUAACGUUUUGAUUGCAGUGUUAAGCAAGUACAUUUCAUAUUUCCACUCAUAAUAUCAGAACUGAAACACAAUCCCUGUUGUUGUAGCUUACAGCUAACAUAGCGUAUUAUUAGUUAUGGAAUUAUAGUUAGUGUAAACAUGUUAAGGUUAAUGAGAUAACAACUGAAAUAUGAACAGUUUCGAAUUAUUACUGUAUCUGAUAAACCAGUAUUAUGUGGUAAAGGCACUCAAAAACAUCAGAGAUAAUCGAGAUACGUGAUACAUUCUUAUUUCUUUGUUAGAUACAUAAUCUGCAGUAAAAGCUUGUUGAUCCUGCGAUUACUUACCGAUAUGACUUUAUUACUAUUUGUGAAUAACAAAACUAUAAAACUUUUUCAUAUAAUCUGAUUUCAUUACUAUUUGUAAAUAACAAAACUAUAAAAGUUAUUAAAUUAAUGUUUUGUUUU